GUGUAGUCCUGUAAUGGAGGUAAGCGCAGAGUUUUUCCAUGUUAGCGCAGACUAAAUCGGUGACAUAGAGAUGAGCUGUUUGUCGAGCCUUUUGCACAGCAGUCUGUGGUCCAGGAUUUACUGUACGCCGAUUGGCCCACAAACCCUCGAAUGAUCCGCUCGGAAUUUGCACUGAAUGAGUGGAGGAUCCAGGCUACAGCCAGCACUGAGGAUGGGAGGUGGAGGCCAGUUGACGGAGAUAGGAGAGGGCCUAGCUGCUGGAGUUUACACCUGGGAGGAGGUGCAAAGACACUGCAGCAGGAAUGACCAGUGGCUCGUUAUUGAUCGAAAGGUGUACAACAUCUCACAGUGGGCCCAAAAACACCCAGGAGGCUUCAGGGUCAUCAAUCACUACGCUGGAGAGGAUGCCACGGAGGCGUUCACUGCUUUUCAUCCUGAUUUUAAGUUUGUUCAGAAGUUUCUGAAGCCUCUCCUGAUUGGAGAGCUGGCAACAUCAGAGCCCAGCCAGGACCGGGACAAAAACGAGGCAAUUAUUCAGGAUUUCCUCAGUUUACGCUUAAAGGCGGAAAGAGACGGCCUGUUUCGGGCUCGACCUCUGUUCUUCUGCUUCCACCUGGGUCACAUCCUGCUGCUCGAGGUCCUCGCCUGGCUCAUCAUCUGGCUUUGGGGAACCAGCUGGGAGCUGACUUUCCUGUGCUCUGUCUUGCAGGCGAUUGCACAGUCGCAGGCUGGAUGGCUGCAGCACGACUUCGGUCAUCUGUCCGUCUUCAAGAAGUCCCGCUGGAACCACAUGCUGCAAAAGUUUAUCAUUGGCCAUGUGAAGGGAGCGUCUGCCAACUGGUGGAACCAUCGGCAUUUCCAGCAUCACGCUAAGCCAAACAUCUUCAGCAAGGACCCUGAUGUCAACAUGCUGCAUGUCUUUGUGGUCGGAGAAACUCAGCCUGUGGAGUACGGCAUAAAAAAGAUCAAAUACAUGCCCUAUCAUCACCAGCACCAGUACUUCCUCCUCAUCGGUCCACCGCUUCUCAUUCCAGUUUACUUCCACGUCCAGAUAAUCCGCACAAUGAUUUCCCGUCACGACUGGGGGGAUCUGGCUUGGUCCAUGUCUUUCUACCUUCGCUACCUGUGCUGUUACCUGCCCCUGUACGGCCUCUUUGGCUCUGUGGCGCUCAUCAGCUUCGUCAGAUUUUUGGAGAGUCAUUGGUUUGUUUGGGUGACCCAAAUGAACCACCUGCCAAUGGAUAUCGACCAUGAGAAGCACAGAGACUGGCUGACCAUGCAGCUACAAGCCACCUGCAAUAUUGAGAAGUCCCUCUUCAAUGACUGGUUCAGUGGACACCUCAACUUUCAAAUCGAACAUCAUUUGUUUCCCACGAUGCCGCGCCACAACUACCACCAGGUGGCUCCACUGGUACACGCGCUGUGCCAGAAACAUGGGAUUCCCUACCAGGUGAAAACUAUGUGGCAGGGCCUUGCUGAUGUCAUGGGGUCACUGAAGAACUCAGGAGACCUCUGGCUUGAUGCGUAUCUCCACAAAUGACAAGUAUAAUGUCCUACACUGCUUCAAGAGGAGUGAUGUCCCUCUCUCUGGCAUCAUCCGUUGAUUGUAUCUGUCUGGUUUUAUAAUCCACACAUUUGUGUGACAGUCUUCUAAAGUUUUCUAAUCAUUGGUGUUUAUGGUUUAGUCUCUUCAGACUCUGUGCAGUGUUUUUAGCUCACACAGGUGUUCCAUUGAACAAGUCUGUACAGUGUUUUAAACACAGUUGUGAAAACGGAUUUAUUUAAAGUGACGUUUUUUUCUCUAUUUAUGAUGAAAUACAGUUUAAAAAGUGCAUAAAAAUUGCACUUCAUCAUAUUUUCUUCUAUAAAACUUCUUCACUUGCAAGUCUUGUUCGGAUUUUACAAUUUCAAAUAAAGGAACUGUAUUGAUUGUAA